AUGUAUACUCUUGAGUCGUCAGCGGUGAAGACGAUUCAGUCCGAUGAGGAUGAAAAGGCUACUUCCAUUCUUGAAUCAACAUGUAAGUACAGAGAUGGUCGUUUUGAAAUUGGUUUGCCAUGGCGAAGUGGGAAAGUAAAUUUGCCUGAAAGUUAUAAUACAGCCUACAAACGUUCCAUAUGCCUUGAGAAGAAGAUGAGCAAAGACGUCAACCUAAGAACGAAAAUCGAAAAGGAAAUUAAAAAUUUGGUGGAUAAAGGCUAUGCAAGAAAACUUAAUGCAGAGGAUGUUGCUGUCAUGAAUGUGCCCGUAUGGUAUCUACCUAUAUUUGUAGUCAGUAAUCCGAACAAACCGCAUAGAAUUAGAAUGGUGUGGGACGCUGCAGCUAAGUCGAAUGGAGUUUCCCUGAAUGAUUUCCUACUAAGCGGUCCUGACUUAUUGACUCCAUUGAUUGAUGUCCUUCUAGCAUUCAGAAUUGGUCAAAUAGCGUUAUGCGGCGACAUUGCUGAAAUGUUUCAUCAAAUCCUGGUCAGGCAAGAGGACACCAAUGCGCAAAGAUUUCUUUGGUGGAAUGAAGAUGACGUUGACAGCCCUUCUAUUUAUGUGAUGAAUGCCUUAUCGUUUGGUCUGAACUGUGCGCCAUGUAUAGCCCACUUUGUUCGCAACAAGAAUGCUGAUAGAUUUGAGACGCAGUAUCCUAGAGCUGUCAAGGCCGUGAAGAGUCAUCAUUAUGUGGACGAUCUAAUCGAUAGCGUGGACAGUGAAGAAGAGGCUAAGAUUCUGGCAAAACAGGUUUCCGAAAUACACGAUUCCGCAGGCUUUAGGAUACGAAAUUGGUCAUCAAAUUCUAUAGCCGUUUUGGAAGAGUUAAACGGUCAAGGGAAUGUUUUGCAGGUCCCUAUUGAGCUGGGAACAACUGAGAAGGUUCUAGGUGUCUACUGGGACCCUACUAAAGAUGUCUUUAAAUUUAUGUACAAAUUUCCUAGAUUGCAACGAAAUAUUUUAAGUGAGCAGAUAGUUCCGACGAAGAGAGAAGUCUUGAAAGUGUUGAUGUCUAUUUAUGACCCUAUGGGGUUCGUAUCCUGCUACACAAUUGGUUUGAAAAUACUGCUGCAGACUAUUUGGCGAUCAGGUAUUGCCUGGGACGAUGAACUGCCUCCUGAUCUUAUUGUGAAAUGGCAACAAUGGAAGGAAAACUUACCCCUCAUUACUUCCCUAGAGGUCCCGCGGUGUUAUUCGCAUCAGUUGAAAGCUGCGGAAAACAUUCAACUACAUACUUUUGUCGAUGCUGGAGAGCUCGGAUAUUCCGCAAUAUGUUAUUUGAGAAUCCAAUGCAAUGAAGAUGUUUCCACCAUUAUCGUAAUGGCCAAAUCAAAGGUUGCACCAUUGAAGCCGGUAUCUAUACCAAGGUUGGAGCUACAGGCAGCUGUGCUGGGAAUUAGAUUAGCUCAGAAGAUAACCAAAAUUGAACGCAUACCGAUAAACUCGUGUUACUGGUGGUCUGAUUCUAAGACGGUACUCAGAUGGCUACGUAUGGACCCAAGAAAAAUGCAACAAUUUGUAAUGCACAGAGUCAGUGAGAUCCAAGAUGCAUCAGAGGUACAACAAUGGAAAUGGGUUCCAUCCAAAUUUAAUCCUGCUGACCUUGCAACUAAAGUUACUACUAAGGUUGAUACAUCGUUGUGGUUAAACGGCCCGGAUUUUCUGUUGGGUGAUGAGAAUGGUUGGCCGCAGUGUAACGACCUAGGUCCGCCAGAUAUGACGGAGGUUAGAAGCCAUGAUCUACACCUGCACACGAUGGUACAUACUGUAUCAUUGAAUACUGAAUAUUUCUCUGAUUGGAGACGUUUAUAUCGAGCACUCGCAACAUUCCUACUAUAUUUGGAGAAACUUAAAUCGAAAUGUGGAAAAACAGUGCAUCCAAAUGGAGUUACCUACGGGAUGAUUUGUGAAGCCAAAAGUAUAUUGUACAAAGAGGCACAGUCUGACGUUUAUUCAGACGAAAUAUGCUGUCUAAAAUUGGACGAUGAUGGUCUUUUGAAAGUUCGUGGACGAACUGAGCACCUUAGUUGCCAUAAGGAUGUUGUAGUUUUACCCAGGGAUCAUAAUGUAACCAUGUUACUUCCUGUAUUACAUUCCAAGACUACGAGUACUAUACCGCAAAGUACGGAAUAA